AUCCCGGCAGGAUGGGUGCGGCACCACCAUCCCUAUCGGUCCGAAUUCCACCAGCAUGCGCCGUCGCUCAAGCACUCAGGCUGCGUCCGUCAGCGUCUCGCCAACUGCGAUUCGAAGGGCUGCUAGCAAAACGCCGGAUGAGAUUACGGGCUUAUCGUCGACGGCAGCGGUGAGAUCGAGCAUCGCCAGCAGAGCGUGCGACGCUUGUCGUGCCCGGAGGAGAAAAUGCCACUUUGACGGGUCUUCGCCCCAUGCUGAGGGCCCGUCUCCGACGCAGUGUCGUGAUUGCUGCAGACUCGGCAUACCAUGCAGCUUCCUGGUGCCCACGCGGCCGCGGGGACCUAAACGAAGGUAUGAAGAUCCGGGGUAGCAUGGGUUUCGUUCUGUCUAUCUUUUCCGCCCAGAGUCACUCACUUACUGGCUGGGCAGGAAACGUCUCCCAUCAAUGUC